AAUACAAGACGUCAUCAUGAAUUUGACCGCGGAGGCAGAGAAAAUUGCCACUGUUUUCACCGAAGAUACAAAAGUCUUCUGGAACAUCAGUCAAGGUACCAAUGUGAGUUACCAUGUAUCGGCGGGGGAUGGGGUGGAGUUCCUGUACACCUACCCAUUCACCGGAUUUCUCUGUGAUGAAAACAACUUGAAUGACAGCUGUUCCGUCAUCUCAGGGGAACUCAACUGUACAUCGACUUGUAACGGAACCUCAUCAGGGUCCGAGGGCUAUAUCUCUUAUAUCUACACAGAACCAGACUGGUACACGUUCACGCUUACAGCUUACAACCUUCUCGGCAACAGCACCGUUGUUUUAGACAUUCCAGUUCAAAUCCCGAUUUCGGACUUUUUCAUCAACGAAACUGACCCUAUUCCCUUCGGUAAAGCAAGAGACGUUCCGAUGAUAACCAGUACUGGCACUCACACUGAAGUAACUGUAGUAAUGAACGGAUCGAUGUUAAACACUUCUUAUUUUUACUGGGCUAUUAGAUGUGGAGUGGCCAUUAUCAACACAGUAAAUUAUGACUGGGCAGGCUAUUAUGUCAUUGAGGCAAACAUCACUAAUCUUGUCAGUCCUGUUCAUACCUUCAAAAGAGGUGUUUGGAUAGAUUUUAUGAUAACCAACUUGUCCAUUAUAAACGAUCGACCUUUUGUGCCGGUCGGCGAGAACACGACGUUUGAUAUCGGUAUGGACUAUUGUUCUCGAUUUAACACAAGUUUUAUGUAUGCUGAUGGUUCUCCUCUUGAGUUCCUGUACCAAGACUUGCUGAUAAACCCAUUGCGGUAUAGUUUUUCUCACAUCUUUCUUGCGCCUGGUAUUUACGGCGUCAACAUCUCAGUGGUUAACCCUGUUGACUAUCAUACCAGCAUCCAUAACGUAUUUGUCCAGUACCCAGUGAAAAAUGUGGAGGUAUUUAUGACAACUCCGGUGAGGCUCGAACCUGUAGAAGUCGAAACUGUCAAAUUUGUAUUGACUUUCAUAGGCGGUGUUCCUCUGGCUACGGAUGCAAGCUACUACGUAGAUUUUAACGACAGUACCACUACAACUGACCUUUUUGAAGAACCUCCAGUAAUAACAACUGAGGCGCCGACGGUUGAGCCAACAACAGGACUGGAUUGUGUGGCGUUGUACCAGCUUCUGCAACAGUCCUCUAACUCGUCUUGGGUGGAGAUUACUAACAGUACCAAUGCUACCACAACUGCGCUAAUGUCUAGAGAAGAUUAUCAGCUUUUGUGUAACAGUUCCAUUGUGACAGAAUCCACGAACUCCACCACCACGCCUGCUGUAGUCGCCACAGCCCCAUCACGAUUAGAUGGUUUCUUUGAGAUAAUCUUCUACCACGACUACACAAUUUUUGGCACAUAUAAUGUGUCCGUAAACAUUUCUAACUACGUCGACUUUGAGUAUUUUCCACUGAUUCUAGAUGUGGAUGAACCAAUCUACGACCUCGAUUUUACGCCUUCUCCCGUUUAUGUCGCCAUCAGAACGAACUCCCAGCUUGUCGUAAGCAUGUCGUGGGGUUCUCGUGCCGAGUGUACGAUAACGGUCGGUGAUGGGUCUCUGUCUUAUGUCUCACCCUGCGAUCGAUUCAACUCUAUGAGUAUUUCACACAAAUUUGACAAAGUCGGUGUGUUUAAUGCUGUUGCAUCGGGAAACAAUACAAUAAAUAGCCAGCUAAUCUCUUCAUCUCUUGGACCCAUUAUUGUGCAAAUUCCAGUUGACGGUUUCGAAGUUAUAUGUAUUGUUUGUGCAAAUGUUAUUGGUCCUCCAAAAUCUACAACAUACAACACAAAAGUAAACUUUGAACUGUUGUUUCAAAACAGCAAAGAUAGGCCUACCAACGCAUCCUAUACCAUUGAUUUCGGCGAUGGAACAAUAACGCCUCCACAGGAGCUGCCAAAAACGUUCUACGAUGACAACAUUGGUGGCGUAAAAGCAAUCGUUUUUCCUUUUCAUCAUUUCUACUUGAGAGGUGGAAACUACUCAGUCACCGUAAAUAUCUGGAACUUGGUAAGCAACGUCAACUAUUCCUGUCUCCACGAUCUGUACGAAAGGAUUGUAAACCUGCGAAUAACCGUCUACGAUCACGACCCAGAUACGGGAAUAACAAAGGCUGGGGGAGGUGCGAACCAGAAUUACUUCGCCUUGGAACAUCAGGUUCUGUUUGUGGCUUCACACGACAGAGGAUCCCAUGUCACAUAUCACUGGGACUUUGGCGAUGGAUCUGGAUUAUCCUCGAUCUACUAUGAUCAGAAUGCUUACCAUGAAUACACCGAUGAUAUAACAUAUAAUGUUAUUUUAAACGCAACGAACAAAUUUGUACGAUAUCACGCCAACGCUGCUACCACAGUUAAAAUUCAGAGAGGAUGCUUCAACAUUGCAAUUUCGACCGAUGAUCCCCGAUCUAAAAACACAACUUUUGAGUAUCAGGUUUUCCCGGGCACUGUUGGUUCUGAUGCUUGCUACUUCUUUGACUUUAAAGACGACACAUCUCUUCCAAAUCGCUACCUGAUGUUCGGGGAUACUUAUUACUGCAAGCGUAUUACGGAAUGGAGCAAGUACUUGAACGACCCGAACAAAGUGUUCAUUUCCCAUCCCUCUGAUCCUUGGUACGAUGACAAAGUAGCCAAUCCUGACGACUACAACGUCACGAUGUAUAACAUGUUCAUGUCUGAAGGAACAUACGAAGUGACCUUAGAAUGCAAGAACUACGUGUCCCACACGACCACUGUUUACAACACAGGUGUGACAAAGGGACCAUGCUGGUGGCCAUAUGUAAACCUCACAGCUCCAAACGUCUGCGAGCCUCCCAACUGUGACUCUUCCAAUCCAAAAAUGAGGAAUGUUUUGAGGUCUGAACAACUCACUGUGUACUCUGAUGUCAUCAUCAAUUGUACAUCGACGAAGGUGGCCUACUAUUCCUGGUCUGUUUUUAAGAUCAAUGAAAAAUUUGAAAAUGAGACUGAAAUUACUGAUCUUGGAGGAGCAGAUGUGUACUCCAUUGGCGCAAGGUAUCUGAUCGUUGAACCUCGAAUCUUAGAUUAUGGUCUGUACAGAUUUGAAUUGAAUGUCAGUAUGAACGAACUGAUUGGGAUGUAUUCCAUUGAUUCCACCCAUCUGAGAAUCGUACCAACUCCUUUGAUAGCCAACAUCGCAGGGGGCGACUUUCUUCAGGCUCAGUGGGGAAGCGAGUUACCUUUCAUUCUUGAUGGAAUGGCAGAGACUUUUGAUCCAGAUGCGUCACCGGAAGACAAAAGUGGCAUGGAGUUUAUUUGGCUCUGUAAAAGGUUGUGUGAGGACUGGCCAACUUUUGAUGACAAUUUUGACCCUAAAUUGCCUUCUUUUACUCACAACUGUACAUACCAAGAUGAUGCUGACCGCGGGUGUUCAAAGAUUGAUUUGCUUGAUUCACCAGGAAAAUUACCGAACGCAUCAGGCGGAAUUGCCAAGAUCUUCACAGGAGAAAUGUACGAAGAUGACUACGUAGACAUUAGAAUGAUAGUCAGAAAAGACAAUCGGCAGGCUGAAGAUGACCUGGUGUUGUCUAUUACCAUUGGUAAUCCACCGCGGAUCAACCUCAAGUGUGUAACAAAUUGUGGACCAAUGAUGAACCCCACUAGCAGAUAUUCUCUGCAGUCAUCCAUUGAUGGCUGGACCAGAGGUGCUUUCUUCUUCUAUAGGUGGUCACUUUACGGUGUACCAUGGGGGGUGAGGGACCACUUUAAAAGGAGACGGUUGAUCUCGGAUACCCAGUGGAUCCAGAAAGCCACCACAGGCUCCGAGGGACCACACAUGUCGGUGGACCCGGUGGUAGAUAUCUUCACCACAAAUAGUUCCUACAGCUACUACUUCUCUGUCAAGAGUUGGAGAUGGGGGACCAGCGAAUCAAACUGCGGUAUUUCGGAAAUAAACUUCAGAAUCAAUGAAAAACCUACGGCCGGAAUUGUGUCAGUUUCACCCAAAAGUGGAAUUGCAUACGUAACGAACUUCUCCGUGUCGGCCAGUGGUUUCUAUGACUACGAGGACCGGUCUCAGAUGCGCCUGUACAAGUUUGGUUACAAGUUGUACGAAAAUGGACCCAUUACGUGGUUUUAUGAAGGAACAAAAAGCAACAAUGAAGGAUUCGAAAACCCAUUCCCUGACGGUCUUGAGUCAGAAAGUUUCAUUGUUUAUGUGAUCGCUAGAGCGUAUGACAGGAGUGGUGCUUAUGCUAACGGAUCCUGCCAAGUUGUUGUUCAUCCAGCACAGCCUUCAGAUGUGAAGAACACAAUCGCCAUUGCGACUAACCCUGGUGGACAAAUUGACAAAUACCUUAUUGGGGCCGACAUAAGGUUAGCCCCCGUGUCUUUAACUUUGGCCAAAUUUCUAAAUGAGGAGGCUGAUGGGGCACUGUCGGCAGCUCAAAUUGUGGAGACAACUACUUCCAUUGCUGUUGCGCAGAAUCUGACAGAAGCAGAGCGUCUGGCCAUGGAACAAGAAAUGUUAGCCCAGCAAGCAGCAGAAAAAGACCAUCGUAUCCAGACUCGGGCUACACUAAUGAAUGGUUUCAAGAGAAUCAAUCCAACAAAUGUAGAAGCUAUGCAAGGAACGGCCGCCGCUCUUGCGCAAAUGUCAGUGAAAGAAGACGAGCUCACCGCUACGGCACAGGAGGAUGCAGCCAGUAUUAUGGAGGACUACGUUGUCAAACUAAGGAACCAGUCCUCUCUCUCGGCAGACGAUAGAGAGGAUGCCACAUCCAACCUCAUAGCAGUUAUUGGAAACACAAUGCAUGCUGCUGGACUGACAGCUGAACUGGCGGAAGAAGAAGGCACGAUGCUGGCUAACAUGAUGGACGCGUCAGCGGGGGGCGUGGUCACCACGACACAGGCUAUGACCACACUGUCUCCCGAACAAAUCAAAGCCCGACAGGACGAGCUACUGAACCAGAAAAACAAUGCUGAAACAACUUUCCUUAGGCUUGAACAGUCGUUGAACAAUAUCAUCGACACGUUGGGGAAAUAUAAAGUCGUUAAUGAAAAGAAUGCCGUGGUGGAAUCCCCAAAACUGAACCUGACACUGGCCAAAACAGAAACUAAAGACAUGAACUACAAUCCCAACUUUGGCGUGGGAGGUCUUAGCGGUGUUCUUCUGCCAAAGACACAAGCUAUCUUUGGCGAGGAAGGCAAUGCAACAACUUGGUUUGUGGAAACAGAGGCUUUAAGAAUGCCUAAUAACCCUUUCACAUGGACAAACGACAGUGGUUCAACCUCCACCAAAAUCACCAGUGACGUUGUGUCGUUACGGUUUCGUAACGACACCAAUGACGGGGUGGACGUGAAGGACACGCCUCAGUACUUUGACAUCUUCAUGGACCGUAGAAACUUCGACCUCACCGUGGAAAACGUGAUUAACAUGACAAGAGACUGGAACGAGGGAUCGGUUCUUCACAUGCUUCCUGUGGCGCCCAACAGCUCCCUCCAUAUAACGGUCAACCAGAUCAUGCAGAAAGAGGACAUCCAGUACUAUCUGGAUUGGCUGGAUUUUCUGGCUGGAGUGUCUAGAGAUGAUAACGCCACAAUGGAUAAGAAUAAGACGAACAGUGAAAUACCGAUUGGAGCUGAUGCGUUUUAUAUGGAGGAACUGCCGUCUCGAUUCUUUGUUUUUAUAAAAAAAGGCGGUCCCCCAACGCCUGCCGACCACGACUACAACUGCACCUUACCGAAAACUAUCAGUGAGUUCUUAACAAUGCUGGAUUACAUGGACGCCCUGACGUAUGAGAACGACACGUCCCUGCCACGAUCCAACUACCUCCCGGAUGUUCCAGAUUGGAACACAUGCUUGUUCUCCAAUGAUGAACUUAGUCUGAAUGAAACCACGGAAUUCUACAUCGCCAUCAAGCAUAAAACUUUCAAACAAAUUAAAGCCGAUGCCAUGCCAGAAGAUUUAUCAUCCAACCCGAACUCAACUACGACAGCCGAUAGAAGGAGAAGACGAAAAAGAGAACAACAAGAAAACAACGGACGUGGGAAUUCGAAUGAAAACAAUGGCGGUAUCAAGUGGCCAAUCAGUCAGCUGGAGGAAAGUGUGCUAAAAUUUGGAGCACCAACAUUUGCUCCUGUUUCUGAUGAUGACAAAAAAGAAAGGGACAACAACGGCCGCGACAGCAGAACCAUUGUGUGGCCGCCACCAGGCACCUUUAUGCCAGCAGUGUACAAAAUUUCUUUUUAUAGUGCGUCGUGUGUUUGGCGAGACAGAGCUAGGAGCAUCUGGACAACAGAAGGAUGCUUUGUGGGGCCUCUGACCAAGCCUUACAGGGUCCAUUGUCUCUGUAACCAUUUGACCGCCUUUGGAGCCGGGUUCGCAGUUCCGAUGAACUCUAUUAACCUGAAUGACUCAGGAUUCGCCAAACUGGAUGAGAACCCCGUGAUUUUCGCCACGAUGGUGUCCCUGAUGUGUCUGUACGUACUGAUGCUGAUCUGGGCCAGGAAGAGAGAUCUACUGGAUAAAGUCAUGGCUGGAUCAUCUCCCUUGCCCGAUAAUGAUCCUAGAGACAAGUAUUUGUAUGAAAUGACCGUCUUUACAGGAUCACGGAAGGACUCAGGAACAACUGCAAACGUGUCCUUUAUAUUAACUGGAGAAAAAGCCGAGACACCCCCGCGAUACCUCGCUGAUGACAAACGCCCCGUGCUCCAACGCUCCAACUGUGAUGGAUUCAUCAUGGCGACGCCAAAGUCACUGGGAAAACUCACCCACGUACGAAUCUGGCAUGAUAAUACGGGAUCUAGUCCCUCGUGGUAUUUCAGUCGCCUGCAAGUUCAGGAUCUUCAAACUGGAGACAAAUAUUUCUUCAUAUGUGAGCAAUGGCUGUCAGUGGACGACGAAGACGGAAUGAUUGACAGAAUGGUUCCAGUUGCCGGUAAGGCUGAGCUAACAAGCUUCAACUACCUAUUUUGGCAAAAAACAAAACACAACUUGGCAGAUGGACAUCUAUGGUUCUCCAUCUUCCAACGGCCGGCUAGGAGUAACUUCACGCGCGUCCAACGUCUCACGUGCUGUCUUACGCUCCUUUUCACCACCAUGGUUGUAAGCUUGGCCUGGUAUCAAACUGACACCAACCCGUCCCCGACAGAGUUUAAGAUGGGUACAGUGAGCCUCUCUCUGACUGGCGUUUACAUCGGAAUCAUGAGCGGGAUUAUGAGUUUCCCAAUCAAUUUUAUCAUUGUCCUUAUAUUCCGCAACGCUAGGCCAAGGCUUGAAAAGAAAAACAAGUUCAAGCCCAAUAUUGUAGCUGAUAAGGCCAAGACUUGUAAAGAUUCUGACCAGCAAAGCAUCAAAAGCACAAACGAUAAAGCAAUCGACGAGAUAACAGACGAACAGAAGGCUUUGGAUAGAGAAGGUACUGAGACAAGUCUAAUGAGAGAAAAGUCGGAGCUGAACCCUGAUUUUGUCGAACUGGAAUUGAAACAGCAGGAAGGAUUACUGGCAAGUGGAGACGAGAAAAAGAUUGUGAUGAGCCAAGAUCCGAUAACUAAAAAAGACCAAUCCAUUUACAAAACGCAGACAGAAUGCUCUCAUCGUGUACAGGUGGUCGCAUUUGAAAAAGACAACGCAAAGAAAAGCCAAAAAAAGUUGCCCUGGUGGUCCAUAUACAUCGGAUAUGUUCUGUCUUUCAUAACUGUAAUGGUGGCUUUCUACUUUGCGGUAGAGUUCGGAGGUGUGUUUGGUCUCAACAAGUCUGUCAGCUGGUUAAUUGGGUUCAUCAUGUCGCUGUUUGAAUCCAUCCUAUUCUCCCAGCCAAUCAAAGUCAUUAUUUUUGCCAUCUUCUAUGCCCUGGUAAUCAAGAAACCAGAAGCCCAGGACGAUGAGGAUGAUCACCUUAAGCCAGACCUCAGCAAAGACGAGGAGUAUCUACAUGAUCAUCUGACAGAGAAGGAUCUUGAAGACCCGCAGAAGAUGCGGAUGUUAGAACAGAGAAAGAUCCAGGCGACUUUGCCUCCAGAACUUGAUUUCUUGAAAACAAUUCGAGAGGAAAGACAAAAAGAACUUCAGAUGUUCGCCAUGCUGAAGGAAAUAGCCAUCUGUAUGGUGUUUCUGUAUAUUGUCCUGACAAUAGCGUACGCAAACAGAGACCCAUGGUCGUUCACGCAGUUCCAGAACUAUGAAAAUGUACUGAACGCUGGAACCUUUGCCAGUGCCAUUGGAAACAAUACUGUUAAGUUUGUUGAUAUUGACUCUCGAACUCAGUUUUGGAACUGGUCGGAGAACGCCCUCCUUCAAGGCCUGUACAACAACAAGUUCUAUAAUGGUGACCCGGUGGUAGACAAACUCAUCAUUGACAAACAAAGCAUCUUAGUGGGCGGGGCCAGGUUACGUCAGCUCAGAAUAACACCAGAACUAUGCUAUAGUCCACUGAAUUAUUUUGCGAGGGAAUGCAUGCCGGCAUACGACAUGUUCUAUGAGGAUAAAACAAACUACAAACUCCGCUGGAACACUGUGAACGAAUCCGAUCCCACAGAUUUCCCGCACCCAUUCUUCAGCUACCAGUCUAUGUGGGAACUGAGCGGAUACCCGUACCAGGGAAUCUUCCAAACAUACAGCGGGGGUGGUUACGUGGCGGAGCUGGGAGCCACCUUUUCCGAGGCUCAGAUGGUUCUCAAGUUCCUGAGGGACAACUCGUGGGUGGACAAACGCACGAGGGCUGUGUUCAUCGAGGCCAACAUCUUCAAUCCCAACAUGAACCUGUGGGGCAUAUCCCUUUAUCUUUGUGAAUUCCUACAAACAGGAGCUGUUGAGCCGUUCCCCAGGAUGCACGUCUUCAAGCUUGAUCGCUACAUAAACAACGACUACAUGUACUUUGUUAUGGCCAUUGAAAUCUCGGCUCUAGCCUUUGUCAUUUUCUACACGGCCAAAGAAGUGAAGAAAACUAAAGAACAAGGCAAAAAAUAUUUCAAGGCAUUUUGGAACGUGUUCGAGUUGGUGAUCCUGGCCGUGUCGUACGCUAUCGGUCUGAUGUUUAUCUGGAGGGCUGUUCUGUGUGUACAGGUCCUGAACAGAAUCAGUGAGAACCCGACCAGCUUCGUCAACAUGCACUUCACCGUCAUGUUGGAUGAUCUGUCAAGUUGGUUCAUCGCCUUCCUGGUCUUCUUCCUGACGGUCCGAUUCCUGCGUCUACUGCGGUUCAACAAGAAGAUCUCCCUCCUCAGCAGUACCCUCAGACACUCCGCCAGAAUGCUAAUCAGCUUCAGCUUCGUCUUCAACAUCGCCUUUCUUUCCUUCGCCUGCACGGCCUACCUGUUUUUCAUGUCAAGACUCUUUGAGUUCAGGUCCUACAUUGUUACCUUGGAAACACUUUUGUCCAUGAUGCUGGGUAAAUUUGAUUACGAGGCCGCUUACAGUGCGACCAAGAUCACCGGCCCGCUUCUGUUCGGCUUCUUUAGUAUCUGCUUCAGUUUCAUCCUGAUUAACUUCUUCCUGACUAUCCUGAUGGAGGCGUUCGAGGUGGUGAGGAGGGACCCUCAGAACCAGAGCAACGACCACGAGGUGAUCGAGUAUCUGAUGAAGAGGAUGAAGAUGAUGAUGGGGGUCGGGUCUCCACCCAAGAGGAAGGUGGCCAAUAUCUUCAAGGACCCGCGCCUACAGCAGUAUGUGUACAUUGAGGCAAAGACAGAAGACGAGAAGAAACUACAAGUAUUGGAUGAGAAAGUGGACAAAGUAAUCCAAAAAAUGGAAGGCUUCGUGGAGUAUGAUGAUGACGUCAAGAAUGACCUAGAGAAGGAAAUGGAGGAAGUGAAGAAGAAACGAAAGAGGAGAAUUGUGAUUGCAUACUCAGCAUGUUAUCCGGAGACCCCCACCGCUAGACAGUUGGCGGUGAAUCCCGGUAAUUAUGUCACGACCUCACUUACGGCUACACACUGUGAGGACGCAUGCUCGGGGCUAGGGUACUCCUUAGCCGGUUUGACGGCUGGAAAGGCAUGCUUCUGCGGAAACACCAUGACGGAAUCCACAGCGUCCGAGGGCUCAUGCGUACAGACGUGCGCUGGUGAUGGUGAGAAAUGUGGAACCGACGGGGAGCCGCCGUAUGACAGCGUCUACACCACGCCGGUGGUUCUGAACGGAUUCAAGAUUUUCCCUGGAGACAUGCUCCUGGAGUCCUUCGUCUCACAGACGCUGUACUUUAACCUAACCACUGGCGACAUUCAGUCCAUCACAGCUGUGACGUCCGAUAAAGGUCCGGAUCUAGGACCUGUCACAACACUUAGCGUACCCAUAGUUCCUCGAAAGUCAAGGCCGCUAAAGAUCAAGGCAACUAUAACAGACACGGGGUCAAAGACAGAAGAAUCAACCCAAGCUUUCAAGGUACAAGCCAGAAUCCGCCUGAUCAGCAUGGAGUGCCCAGACUAUGCCGUAAGUAACGUGCGCUUUGACUGUUUUCUUCGGAUCGGCGUAGGAAGCCCGAUGACCGUCACUGUCGACAUGGACGACGGAACUACUUUUCCUCUUCCUGUCCCAGAAUGCAAGGAAUUCAGCAAGGGGAAGGCCUCUGGACCUGUCUCUCCCGUGUCACACCCCGGCAGUAAUCUAUACAUGUUCCCUGACACAGUGGUCAAGACCAAUGCUACCCUGAUGGGACUCGACUACACUGCCACCUCCACUGGAAACAUCAUUGUUCAGGUUUACCGCCCAUCCUGUGGACCAGAUCUAACGCAGAUAUUCUGUCACAAAAGCUACUCCUGUAUAUCGGUCAAUGAAUCCUGCUACAACCAGCCCAGAGGGAGUUACUGGGUGACCAAGUGCGGGCCCGGAACCAUCUAUAGCCUCGCUGUGGCAAAGUGUGUCAACAUGGCGACAGGUGUCGUGGUUGAAAAACCGCCAGCUACUGAUUGGUCGCAGCUGCCAAUCCAGUCGUUUAGCCUUGUACACGAGUUUCUCUUCAGCAUUGCGGAAACCGGAAGACACUUUUACACUGUUCCCGACACUGACCUCUUCAUCAUGGACCCCGGUGACGUAAUAGCUAUCAAAGAAGAUGGCGGGCAAUUCCAACUUUUGGACAUAUCUGAUAACUACAAAGAAUUUUAUUGGUCUGUAGGCGGAGACUGGUCGAAUCGUGAAACUCUCGGAUAUACCAUUUCCGGUUCCGGUGUGAGCACACUUUCUGCGAGACAUGCUGUAGAAGCUUACUUCGCAAUGCCCGUGAGAGCCGCAUUUAGACACACGUAUGGAAGUGCCGUGGCGGACUACAAUAAUAUUACCAUCACGGCAUCUAAUGAGAUUACACAGCCUCCACUUAGUUAUGUCCAUGAGAUAGAGCUUCAGAUCGUGAUUGGCGGGGUCAUCAUUGAUGCACCCUUUGUAGGAGCUACCAAUGACUCCAUAGAACUUAACGUCCCGCCACAUCCCGGAACCAAGAUCUUAUACACUUGGAACUUCGGUACAGGUGACGUCAUGAACUCCACUGACAGAGGAGCAAACUACACGUGGACAGAAGCGGGUGUUUAUACCAUUACACUAACGGCGGAAAACAAAGUCAGCAACGUGCAAGUCACGUUUGUAAUAAUUAUCCAAGACGUCAUCAUGAAUUUGACCGCAGGGGCAGAAAAAAUUGCCACUGUUUUCACCGAAGAUACAAAAGUCUUCUGGAACAUUAGUCAAGGUACCAAUGUGAGUUACCAUGUAUCGGUGGGGGACGGGGUGGAGUUCUUAUACGCCUACCCCUUCACCGGAUUUCUCUGUGAUGAAAACAACUUGAAUGACAGCUGUUCCGUCAUCUCAGGGGAACUCAACUGUACAUCGACUUGUAACGGAACCUCAUCAGGGUCUGAGGGCUAUAUCUCUUAUUUCUACACACAACCAGACUGGUACACGUUCACACUUACAGCGUACAACCUUCUUGGAAACAGCACUGUUGUUUUAGACAUUCCGGUUCAAAUUCCGAUUUCGGACUUUUUCAUAAACGACACUGACCCUAUUCCAUUCGGAACACCACGAGGGGUUCCGAUGAUCACUAGUACUGGUACUCACACGGAACUAACUGUAGUUAUGAAUGGAUCGAUGUUAAACACUUCAUAUUUUGAUUGGGCUUUGAGUUAUGGGGAGGCUAUUAUCAACACAGUAAAUUAUAACUGGACAGGAUAUUUUGUCAUUGAGGCAAACAUCACCAAUCUGGUCAGUCCUGUUUAUACCUUUGAAAGAGGGGUUUGGAUAGAUUUCAUGAUAACCAACUUGUCCAUUAUAAACGAUCGACCUUUUGUGCCGGUCGGCGAAAAUACGACUUUUAAUAUCGGUAUGGACUACUGUUCUCGAUUUAACACAAGUUUUAUGUAUGCUGAUGGUUCUCCUCUUGAGUUCCUGUAUCAAGAUCUGCUUGUAAGCCCACUGCGGUAUAGCUUUUCUCACAUCUUUCUUGCGCCCGGUAUUUACGGCGUCAAUUUUUCCGUGAUAAACCCUGUUGAUUUCCAUACCAGCAUACAUAGCGUGUAUGUCCAGUACGCAGUGGAAAACGUAGAAGUGUUUAUGACAACCCCUGUUAAGCUCGAACCUGUAGGGGUAGUUGCAGUUAAAUUUGUACUGACUUUCGUAGGAGGUGUUCCAUUGGCCACAGAUGCAAGUUACUUCGUAGAUUUCAAUGACAGUAACACGGCAACCGAUUUGUUUGAAGAACCCCCAACAGUAACAACGGAAGCACAGACAGUUGAGCCAACAACGGAGUUGGAUUGUGUUGCGUUGUACGAGCUUCUGCAACAGGCCGCUAACUCAUCAUGGAUGGAUAGUUUUAACAGCACAAAUACUACCACCCCCGCUCCAAUGUCCGAGGAAGAAUACCAGCUUUUGUGUAACAGUUCCAUUACGACAGAAUCUACCAAUAUCACCACUACUCCUCCUUUAGUCGUCACAACACCAGCACGAUUAGAAGGUUUCUUUGAGAUAAUCUUCUACCACGACUACACACUUUUUGGUACAUAUAAUGUGUCCGUAAACAUUUCUAACUACGUCGACUUUGAGUAUUUCCCACUGAUUCUAGAUGUGGACGAACCAAUCUACGACCUCGACUUUACGCCUUACCCCGUUUAUGUUCCCAUCAGAACGAACUCCCAACUUGUCGUAAGCAUGUCUUGGGGUUCCCGUGCCGAGUGUACGAUCACGGUCGGUGAUGGGUCUCCGACUUAUGUCUCACCCUGCGAUCGAUUAAACUCUAUGAACAUAUCACACUAUUUUGACACAGUCGGUGUGUUUUAUGCUGGUGCAUCGGGCAAUAACACUAUAAACACUCAGUUGAUCUCCUCCUCCUUAGGUCCCAUUAUUGUACAAAUUCCAGUUGAUGGCUUUGAAGUUAAGUGUAUUGUUUGUUCAAAUGAUAUUGGUCCUCCAACCUAUACAACUUAUAACACAAGCGUAAGUUUUGAACUUUUGUUUCAAAACAGCAAAGAAAGACCUACAAACGCAUCCUAUACGAUUGAUUUCGGCGAUGGAACAAUAACACCUCCACAGGAGCUGCCAAAAACCUUCCACGAUGACAACAUUGGUGGCGGAAAGGCCCGAGUUUUCCCAUUCCAACAUUUCUACUUGAGAGGUGGAAACUAUUCAGUCACUGUAAACAUCUGGAACUUGGUAAGCAACGUCAACUAUUCAUGCCUCCACGAUUUGUACGAAAAGAUUGUUAACCUGAGAAUCACUGUGUAUGAUCAUGACCCGGAUACGGGAAUUACGAAAGUUGGUGGAGGUCCGGGACAGAAUUACUUUGCUUUGGAACACCAGGUUCUGUUCGUAGCUUCACACGACAGAGGGUCCCAUGUCACAUAUCACUGGGACUUUGGCGACAGUUCCGGAUUAUCCUCGAUCUACUAUGAUCAGAAUGCUUAUUAUGAAUACACCGAUGAUAUAACCUAUAAUGUCAUUUUAAACGCAACGAACAAGUUUGUGACAGAUCACGCCAACGCUGCUACCACUGUUCAUAUCCAGAGAGGAUGCUUUAACAUUUCAAUUUCGACUGACGAUCCCCGGUCUAAAAACACAACUUUUGAGUAUCAGGUUUUUCCAGGCACUGUUGGUUCUGAUGCUUGCUAUUUCUUUGACUUUAAAGACGACACGUCCCUUCCAAGUCGCUACUUGAUGUUCGGGGAGGCAAGUUUCUGCAGUUUAAUUUCGGAAUGGAACUGGUACUGGACUGACCCGAACAAAGUGUUCAUUUCACAUCCCUCUGAUCCUUGGUACGAUGACAAAGUAGCCAAUCCGGACGAUUACAACGUGACGAUGUACAACAUGUUCAUGUUUGAGGGAUCAUACGAGGCGACCUUAGAAUGCAAGAACUACGUGUCCCACACAAGCGCGAUUUACAACACAGGUGUGACAAAGGGACCGUGUUGGUGGCCAUAUGUAAACCUCACAGCUCCAAACGUCUGCGAGCCUCCCAACUGUGACUCUGCCAAUCCAACAAUGAGGAAUGUCUUGAGGUCGGAACAACUCACUGUGUACUCUGAUGUCAUCAUCAACUGUACAUCAACAAAGGUGGCGUACUAUUCCUGGACUGUUUUUAAGAUCGAUGAAGAGUUUGGAAAUGAGACUGAAAUCACUGAUCUUGGAGGAGCAGAUGUGUACUCUAUUGGUGCACGGUAUCUGAUCGUUGAACCUCGAGUCUUAGAUUACGGUCUGUACAGAUUUGAAUUGAAUGUCAGUAUGAACGAACUAAUGGGGAUGUACUCCAUCGAUUCCACCCAAUUAAGAAUCGUAGCAACUCCUCUGAUAGCCAACAUCGCAGGUGGCGACUUUGUUCAGGCUCAGUGGGGAAGUGAGUUGCCUUUAAUUCUUAAUGGAAUGGUAGAGACUUUUGAUCCAGAUGCGUCACCGGAAGACAAAACUGGCAUGGAGUUUAUUUGGAUCUGUAGGAGGUUGUGUGAGAACUGGCCAACCUUUGACGACAAUUUUGACCCUACCUCGACUUUCACUCAUAACUGUACAUACCAGGAUGAUGCUGACAGAGGGUGUUCGAAGAUUGAUUUGCUUGAUUCACCAGGAAAAUUGGCUAACGCAUCAGGCGGGGUUGUCAAGAUCUACACGGGGGAAAUGUACGAAGUUGACUAUGUUGAAAUUAGAAUGAUAGUCAGAAAAGACAACCGGCAGGCUGAAGAUUAUCUGGUGUUGUUUAUUACCAUGGGUAACCCACCGCGUGUCAACCUCAAGUGUGUUACAAAUUGUGGACCCAAAAUGAACCCAACCAGCAGAUAUUCUCUACAGUCAUCCAUUGAUGGCUGGACCAGAGGGGCUUUCUUCUUCUUUAGGUGGUCACUUUACGGUGUACCAUGGGGGAGGGGAUACUUUAGCAGACAGCUAAUUUCGGAGACCGAGUGGAUCCAUAAAGCCACCACAGGCUCAGAGGGACCACACAUGGCGGUGGACCCGGUGGUAGCUCGUUUCACCUCAAACAGUUCCUACAGCUACUAUUUCUCUGUCAAGACCUGGAGAUGGGGGACCAGCGAAUCACAUUGCGGUAUUUCUGAAUUAAAUUUCAAAAUUAAUGAAAAACCUACGCCCGGAAGUGUGUCAGUUUCACCUGGAAGUGGAGUUGCCUACGAGACGAAGUUCUACGUGUCGGCCAGUGGCUUUAGAGACUACGAGGACGGGUCCCUGAUGAGCCUGUACAAGUUUGGUUACAGGUUGUACGCAGGUGGACCCAUUACAUGGUUUCAUGAAGGAACAAGAAGCAACAAUUUAGGAUUUGAAAACCCAUUCCCAGACGGUCUUGAGUCAGAAAAUUUCAAUGUUUAUGUGCUCGCCAGAGCUUAUGACAGGAGUGGUGCUUAUGCAGAAGCAUUCCGCACAGUUACUGUUCAACCAGCACAGCCUACAAAUAUAAAAAACACUAUCGCCACAGCGACUAACCCUGGUGGACAGAUUGACAAAUACCUUAUUGGGGCCGACAUAAGGUUAGCCCCCAUGUCCUUGACCUUGGCCAAAUUUCUAAAUGAGGAGGCUGAUGGGGCUCUGUCCGCAGCUCAGAUUGUGGAGACAACUACUUCCAUUGCUGUUGCGCAGAAUCUGACAGAGGCAGAACGUUUGGCCAUGGAACAAGAAAUGUUAGCCCAGCAAGCAGCAGAAAAAGAACAUCGUAUCCAGACUCGGGCUACACUAAUGAAUGGUUUCAAGAGAAUCAAUCCUUCAAAUGUAGAAGCUAUGCAAGGAACGGCUGCCGCUCUUGCGCAAAUGUCCGUGAAAGAAGACGAGCUCACCGGUACAGCGCAGGAAGAUGCAGCCGGCAUUAUGGAGGACUACGUUGUCAAACUGAAAGGUCAGUCCUCUCUCUCGGCAGACGAUAGAGAGGACGCCACAUCCAACCUCAUAGCAGUUAUUGGCAACACAAUGCAUGCUGCAGGACUGACGGCUGAACUGGCGGAAGAGGAAGGCACGAUGUUGGCUAACAUGAUGGACACCUCAGCGGGGGGCGUGGUCACCACAACACAGGCUAUGACCACACUGUCUCCCGAACAAAUCAAGGCCCGACAGGACGAGCUACUGAACCAGAAAAACAGUGCUAAAACAACUUUUCUCAGGCUUGAACAGUCUUUGAAUAAUAUCAUCGACACCUUGGGAAAAUAUAAAGUCGUUAAUGAAAAGAAUGCCGUAGUGGAAUCCCCCAAACUAAACCUGACACUGGCCAAAACAGAAACUAAAGACAUGAACUACAAUCCCAACUUUGGCGUGGGAGGUCUUAGCGGUGUUCUCUUGCCCAAAACGCAAGCUAUCUUUGGUGAAGAAGGCAACGAAACAACUUGGUUUGUGGAAACAGAGGCGUUAAGAAUGACAAAUAACCCUUUCACAUGGACAAACGCCAGUGGUUCAACCUCUACCAAAAUUACCAGUGACGUUGUAUCCUUACGGUUUCGUAACGACACCAAUGACGGAGUGGACGUUAAGGACACGCCUCAGUACUUUGACAUCUUCAUGGACCGUAUGAACUUUGACACGACAGUCAAAAACGUGAUUAACAUGACUAGAGACUGGGACGAGGGAUCGGUUCUCCACAUGCUUCCCGUGGCGCCAAACAGCUCCCUCCAUAUAACGGUCAACCAGAUCAUGCAGAAAGAGGACAUCCAGUAUUAUCUGGAUUGGCUGGAUUAUCUGGCUGGAGUUUCUGGAGAUGAUAACGCCACAGUGGAGCAGAAUGAGACAAACAGUGAAAUACCGACCGGAGCUGAUGCGUUUUAUAUGGAGGAACUGCCGUCUCGUUUCUUUAUAUUUAUAAAAAUGGGCGGUCCCCCGACGCCUACCGACCACGAUUAUAACUGCACCUUACCGAAAACUAUCAAUGAGUUCUUAACAAUGCUGGAUUACAUGGACGCCUUGACGUAUGAAAACGACACGUCCCUGCCACGAUCCAACUACCUGCCGGAGAUUCCCGAUUGGAACACGUGCUUGUUUUCCAAUGAUGAACUUAGUCUAAAUGAAACCACGGAGUUCUACAUCGCCAUCAAGCAUAAAACGUUCAAACAAAUAGAAGCCGAGGCUCUAGCUGAAGAUGUCUCAACCACGCCGGCCUCAACUACAAUGGAAACCACGACAGCUGACAGAAGAAGACGAAAAAGAGGAAGUGGAUAUAAAGGCAACAAAGGCGGUGGCGGUGGCGGCGGUGGCGGCGGCGGCGGCGGCAACAAAAAGUCAGCCACUCUUAGUCCACUGGAGGAAAUGCUGCUGAAUCUCGUUGGAACAACAACAUCUGCUCCUGUUUCAUCAACAGUUGCCGGUGGAACCACUGUUUCUGGUGGCGGCGGUGGCGGUGGAGGUGGAGGCGGAGGCGGGGGUGGUAAUGGCGGUGGUAAUGGCGGCGGAGGAGGUGGUGGCGGCGGCAAUGGCGGCGGCGGUGGCGGCAAUACCAUUGUGUGGCCACCACCAGGCACUUUUCUGCCAGUGGUGUACAAUAUUUCCUUCUACAGUGCGUCGUGCGUGUGGAGGGACAGGGCUAAAAGCAUGUGGACAUCAGAAGGAUGUUUUGUUGGGCCGCUGUCCAAGCCUUACAGAGUCCACUGUCUCUGUAACCAUUUGACCGCUUUUGGAGCUGGUUUCGCUGUUCCGAUGAACUCCCUCAACCUGAAUGACUCCGGAUUCGCCAAGCUGGAUGAGAACCCCGUGAUUUUCGCCACGAUGGUGUCCCUGAUGUGUCUGUACGUACUGAUGCUGAUCUGGGCCAGGAAAAGAGAUCUACUGGAUAAAGUCAUGGCUGGAUCAUCUCCUUUGCCUGACAAUGACCCGAGGGACAAGUACUUGUACGAGAUGACUGUCUUUACAGGAUCACGGAAAGGCUCAGGGACAACUGCAAACGUGUCCUUCAUAUUAACUGGAGAAAAGGCCGAAACACCCCCGCGGUACCUCGCCGAUGACAAACGUCCUGUUCUCCAACGAUCAAACUGUGAUGGAUUUAUCAUGGCGACGCCAAAGUCACUAGGGAAACUCACUCACGUACGAAUCUGGCAUGAUAACAUGGGAUCUAGUCCCUCGUGGUAUUUCAGUCGCCUGCAAGUUCAGGAUCUACAAACUGGAGACAAAUAUUUCUUCAUAUGUGAGCAAUGGCUGUCAGUGGACGACGAAGACGGAAUGAUUGACAGAAUGGUUCCAGUUGCCGGUAAGGCUGAGCUAACAAGCUUCAACUAUCUAUUCUGGCAAAAAACAAAACACAACUUGGCAGAUGGACAUCUAUGGUUCUCUAUAUUCCAACGGCCGGCUAGGAGUAACUUCACGCGCGUCCAACGUCUCACGUGCUGUCUGACGCUCCUUUUCACCACCAUGGUUGUAAGCUUGGCCUGGUAUCAAACUGACACUAACCCGUCCCCGACAGAGUUUAAGAUGGGUCCAGUGAGCCUCUCUCUGACAGGGGUUUACAUUGGAAUCAUGAGCGGAAUCAUGACUUUCCCUAUCAAUUUUAUCAUCGUCCUCAUAUUCCGCAACGCUAGACCAAGGCCUGAAAAGAAGAAAGAGUUCAAGCCCAAUAUUGUAGAUGAAGAGGCGGAGGCAGGUAAAGAUUCUGACCAGAAGAGCAUAAAGAGUGCAAACGACGAAACAACCGACGACAAAACAGACGAACAGAAGGCUUUAGAUAGAGAAGGCACCGAGGCCAGUCUAAUGAGAGAAAAGUCAGAACUGAACCCUGACUUUGUCGAACUUGAAUUGAAACAGCAAGAAGAGUUCCUGGAAAGUGGAGACGAUAAAAAAAGAGUGAUGAGCCAAGAUCCGAUAACCAAAGAAGACCAAUCCAUAAACAAAACGCAGACGGAGUUCUCUCACCAUGUACAGGUCGUAGCAUUUGAAAAAGACGACGCAAAGAAAAGCAAGAAAAAGUUGCCCUGGUGGUCCAUAUACAUCGGAUAUGUCCUGUCUUUCAUAACUGUUAUGGUGGCUUUCUACUUUGCCGUAGAGUUUGGUGGUGUGUUUGGUCUCAACAAGUCUGUCAGCUGGUUAAUUGGGUUCAUCAUGUCGCUGUUUGAAUCCAUCCUUUUCUCCCAGCCAAUCAAGGUCAUUAUUUUUGCCAUCUUCUACGCCCUGGUGAUCAAGAAACCAGAAGCCCAGGACGAUGAAGAUGAUCACCUUAAGCCAGACCUCAGCAAAGACGAGGAGUAUCUACAUGAUCAUCUGACAGAGAAGGAUCUUGAAGACCCGCAGAAGAUGAGGAUGUUAGAACAGAGAAAGAUCCAGGCUACUUUACCUCCAGAAAUGGACUUUUUGAAAACUAUUCGAGAAGAAAGACAGAAAGAACUUCAGAUGUUCGCCAUGCUGAAGGAAAUAGCCAUCUGUAUGGUGUUCCUGUAUAUCGUCCUGACCAUAGCGUACGCCAACCGAGACCCCUGGUCUUUCACUCAGUUCCAGAAUUAUGAGAACAUACUGAACGCGGGGACCUUUGCUAGCGCCAUUGGAAACAACACUGUUAAGUUUGUCGACAUCGACUCUCGAACCCAGUUUUGGAACUGGUCCGAGAACGCCCUUCUUCAAGGCCUGUACAACAACAAGUUCUAUAAUGGUGACCCAGUGGUAGACAAACUCAUCAUUGACAAACAAAGCAUCUUAGUGGGCGGGGCCAGGUUACGUCAGCUCAGAAUAACACCAGAACUAUGCUACAGUCCACUGAAUUAUUUUGCAAAGGAAUGCAUGCCGGCAUACGACAUGUUCUACGAGGAUAAAACAAACUACAAACUCCGCUGGAACACUGUGAACGAAUCCGAUCCCACGGAUUUCCCGCACCCAUUCUUUAGCUACCAGUCAAUGUGGGAACUGAGCGGAUACCCGUACCAGGGAAUCUUCCAAACAUACAGCGGGGGUGGCUACGUGGCGGAGCUGGGGGCCACAUUCUCUGAGGCUCAGAUGGUUCUUAAGUUCCUGAGGGACAACUCGUGGGUUGACAAACGCACGAGGGCUGUGUUCAUUGAGGCCAACAUCUUCAAUCCAAACAUGAACCUGUGGGGAAUAUCCUUGUAUCUGUGUGAAUUCCUACAAACUGGAGCUAUUGAGCCGUUCCCCAGGAUGCACGUGUUCAAGCUUAACCGAUACAUAAACAACGACUACAUGUACUUUGUAAUGGCCAUUGAAAUCUCGGCUCUAGCCUUUGUCAUCUUCUACACGGUCAAAGAAGUGAAGAAAAUAAAAGAACAAGGCAAAAAAUAUUUCAAGGCAUUUUGGAACGUGUUCGAGUUGGUGAUCCUGGCCGUGUCGUACGCUAUCGGUCUGAUGUUUAUCUGGAGGGCUGUUCUGUGUGUACAGGUCCUGAACAGAAUCAGUGAGAACCCGACCAGCUUUGUCAACAUGCACUUCACCGUCAUGUUGGAUGAUCUGUCGAGUUGGUUCAUCGCCUUCCUGGUCUUCUUCCUGACGGUGCGAUUCCUGCGUCUGCUGCGGUUCAACAAGAAGAUCUCUCUCCUCAGCAGUACCCUCAGACACUCCGCCAGGAUGCUCAUCAGCUUCAGCUUCGUCUUUAACAUCGCCUUCCUCUCCUUCGCCUGCACUGCCUACCUGUUUUUCAUGUCACGACUAUUCGAGUUUCGGUCCUAUAUUGUUACCUUGGAAACCCUUUUAUCCAUGAUGUUGGGUAAAUUCGAUUAUGAGGCCGCUUACAGUGCGACCAAGAUUACUGGCCCGCUUCUGUUCGGCUUCUUUAGUAUCUGCUUCAGUUUUAUCCUGAUCAACUUCUUCCUGACUAUCCUGAUGGAGGCGUUCGAGGCGGUGAGGAGGGACCCUCAGAACCAGAGCAACGACCACGAGGUGAUCGAGUAUUUGAUGAAGAGGAUGAAGAUGAUGAUGGGGGUCGGGUCUCCACCCAAGAGGAAGGUGGCCAAUAUCUUCAAGGACCCGCGCCUACAGCAGUAUGUCUACAUUGAAGGAAAAACAGAAGACCAGCAGAAACUUCAGGAGUUGGAUGAGAAGGUGGACAAAGUAAUCCAGAAAAUGGAAGGCUUCGUGGAGUGUGAUGAUGACGUCAAGAAUGACCUAGAGAAGGAAAUGGAGGAAGUGAAGAAGAAACGAAAGAGGAGAAUUGUGAUUGGUUGAAAUUAACAAAUUAUAAGGACAUACUAUCGCUAAAACCACUGAACCGAUCAAAUUGUUGUGUUUUUUUUUUGUCCAGUUCAUAUGAGAGGACUGUAAUAUUGUAAUGCAAAUGAAUAUAACUUCUUAUCUUGUUUAUCUAAAAUGUCAUACAGAGUUGGGGGGGGGGGGGGGAUUUUCUAUAUAAGGGGUGUUAGUAAAAACUAUCUUCUAUUUAAUUACUUAAAUUUUAAUUUAUUCGAACAUGUGCAACAAGCAAUGAGUCAGAUGAAUAAUACUAACUACUUUUGUCAAGCUUGUUUAUACAUAUUUUAAUAAAUACUUUAAAAAGCAGUUUUGAUAAUAAUUAUUCGGCAAAAUUAGGAAUUUGUGAUGCAGGAGAAAGAACAGCCUUAUAUACAUGCAUGUACUUUAUUGUAGAUGUUAUUUGACGUAGCAGUUUUUUUUAAUUUGCACCACAUUAACAAACUAUACAAUCCUUGAGUUUAUUUCCAGUAAUUUUUGUAAAAUAUCUGUAAAUUUUAAUCAUUGAUGAAUAUGUUUUGUUUUAUCGUCAACUUACCUGCAUUUGGAAUACAUUUCUUCACUGUUAAGAAAAUUGAAUUUUUUAAUAAGGUAAAUAAACUUAAACAAUAAAAAAGUUGUAUUAUACAUGUUAUUUUAUUUUUAUUUGGAACUCAUUUCCUUAUUGCUUAAAAAAAUCGAUUGUUUUUAAAACAAAAGUAUAUUAAUCUGAAAAAUAUAAAAUGUGUAAUAAUUAUGAUUUAUUUUGUUGAUUUUUUAAAAUAAUAUUUAGUUUCUAGUUAGUGUUGUUCUGUUUGACGUUUUGUGACUUUGUCAUAAAUAAAAGCAUUGGCAGUAUCUUUGAUUUGCGUUUUAUCAAUUUUCAAUUUUAUGUUC